AUGGCUCAGACUUCUCAGCCGCUUAAACCGUCCCUCGACGAGGUCAAGGACUUGUUGAAGAGCGCGACCUCCACCCCGACGACGCUUGUGCCUCCCGGUGCAGACGGUUUCCCGCGCGGUUCCGGCGCCGCAGCUUCGUCAACAGCAAAGGUCGAGGCCAAGCGUCCGAACCUCGUUCCCGUGUAUAUCGACAUUGCCGCCGACCUCCUCACACCCGUCGCUGCGUACCUCAAAGUCGCGAACGGGAGCGAGCACUCGUUCCUGCUUGAGAGUAUCACUGGCGGUGAGAACCUGGCGAGGUAUAGCUUUGUAGGCGCCGACCCAUUCAAGACUGUACAUACUGGGGAGGGGUUCGAGGUCGAGGGCGACCCUCUCGAGGCGCUCGAGAAGGAGCUCGAGCCGUACCGCUAUUGCAAGCUCGACUCUGUCCCGACGUUCACCGGUGGCGCUGUAGGUUUCAUCACCUACGACGCAAUCCAGCACUUUGAACCCGUCACCAAGCCCGCGAAGCCACACCACAACCCUCUUCCUGGUAUGCCUGAGGCGUUCUUCAUGCUCGCUUCGACGAUUGUCAUCUUCGACCACAUCUUCCAGUCGAUCAAGAUCGUGUCGCACGUCUACCUUCCGGACGGGGAGGACGAGUCCAAGCUUCCCGCGCUCUAUGAGGAGGCUGGACAGCGCCUGAUGGCCAUCCGUGCCAAGCUCCUCAGCCCUGAGACGCCUCUGCCGAAGCAGGACCCCAUCGUGCUCGGUAAUGAAGCCGUCAGCAACGUCGGCAAGGCGGGGUACGAGGGCUUCGUGACCAAGCUCAAGGAGCACAUUGUCAAGGGCGACAUCAUCCAGGCUGUCCCGUCCCAGCGACUUGCUCGCAAGACGGCUCUCCACCCCUUCAAUGUGUACCGGCACCUGCGGCGUCUCAACCCUUCGCCGUACAUGUUCUACUUGGACUGCAAGGAUGUGCAACUCGUUGGUGCGUCCCCGGAAACUCUGUGCAAGGUCGAGGGCCGCAAGGUGUACAACCACGCGAUCGCGGGGACGGUCAAGCGCGGCAAGAAUGCGGCCGAGGACGCCAAGCUUGGUGCCGAGCUUCUUGCGAGUGAGAAGGACCGCGCCGAGCACAUUAUGCUUGUCGACUUGGCGCGCAACGACGUCAACCGCGUGUGCAAGCCCGAGACGGUCAACGUCGACGACCUGAUGCGUCUUGAGAAGUUUAGCCACGUCAUCCACAUCACGUCGCAGAUUAGCGGGCAGCUCCGCGACGACCAGAGCCGCUUUGACGCGUUCCGCUCCAUCUUCCCGGCCGGUACCGUGUCAGGUGCGCCCAAGGUCAAGGCCAUCCAGCUUGUCGGCGGCCUCGAGCAGGAGCGCCGUGGAGUGUACGCGGGGGCCGUUGGGCGGUUCGACUUUGACCGCAACGAGCUUGACACGUGCAUUGCCAUCCGCACCAUGACGUUCAAGGACGGCACCGUGUACCUCCAGGCUGGCGGCGGUAUCGUCUUUGACUCGGUCGAGGAGGACGAGUACAUUGAGACGAUCAACAAGCUCAAGAGCAAUGUGUCGGCCAUCGAGGCGGCUGAAAAGGAGUACUACGCCAUGCAGCAGGCGGGUUCCCAGUAG